AUGUCUCAAUCAUCUCCACACAGGGACAGCACCCCAACUUCCUCGAAGAGUUACCCGGAAAUUUAUGAGGAAUACAGUGAAUUGGAGGAAUUCGAAGACGAUGACUGUUGUUUGAAACCGUUCCUGCUACAGACAGCGACACAUCUUGAUGCUAUUUAUCCCCAAAUUCUAGAAGCAAAGUACGUUCUAUUUGAAGAGCUACGAGUCUACAGACAGGACACAUCUUGA